AUGCUUGUUCAUGUCUAUCUCUGGCUAAACUGCUCCGAUCUCCUAUCCACUCGCAAGGUCAAUGGCACCUCGGGCCACUCCUCCAAUCGUUUCAUGUGCGACAAAUGCUAUGCUACCUCGUACGAGCUUGCGUCUCCCUCCUGCUACGACCCCUCUCAGUUCCGCCUUCAAGAAGACUGGCGCCAUCUCAAGUAUGCGUUCAUGGCUCACGCAGACCCUGAGAGCGCCGACGAGAUACGGACUAGGCGAGGCGUCUCUUGGUCCUCGCUUAAUUAUCUACCAGGGUGGAUGCCUUCCCAGAGCGCGCCCGUAGAGUUCAUGCACGGUGUUUUUCUUGGUCUUACUCGACACGUCAGCAAUGUGAUUUUAUACAAGUAUGGUCUCCUCAACGGCAAUCGACACCGGAACCCUCUCGAAAAACUCGAAGACUUUCUGCAAAACCUUCAUUGGCCAGCCGAAGCUGGUCAUCCACCCCCAUGCAUGGCACGUGGGAAGGGUCAUCCCAAAGCCGACCAAUGGAGAAACCUCAUCUCCGUCUUAUUCGUCGGGCUUUUUGUGGCCUGGGAGCAAGACAGCGAAAUCCCUGAUGCGGAUCCACCACCAUCUGCGUCUAACACCAACAAUCGCAAAGCCCAGAUUACAUAUGAGAAGACAGUACGCUCACGACUGCGAGAAGGCCUUCUUUUGUGGGCAAGCAUGCACAUUCAUCUCACACAGUACUUCCAUUUUGUUCAACACAUGGAGGGCCAGUUCUAUCAGUACGGGCCGUGCUACGGAAGAUGGGCUUACCCAUAUGAGCAGAACAAUGGUAAACUCUCACGCAUCAACCAUAAUCGGCACAAGGGCGGUGAGCUAGAGGGGACCUUGAUGCGUCAGUGGUGGUCCAGUACCUUCAACCACGAACUGGUGAGUGGUCUGCUUCUGUAA